CGUCGACCGUGGUCGGAAGCACGUGCGUUCGGGGCAGUUCAACUGCCGCAGUUGUCCGAAAAAUUAUAAGGACUCAAGUUAAUUUAACAUUUAAUUAACUUUAAAUUUAAUUAAUUUUAAAUUUAACAUAUAAAGUUAAAUUAGGUUAGGUCACGUUUUCUCGCCGCGGCGCGUGGGUACGACUGGCAGGACAACUGAACCUUGAUAAGAAAAUGUAUAUCUAACUGUGUAUCGAAAAUGACAAAGCAAACCGCCCUGUGCCGUACCUUGUGAUUUUGCCGCGUGCGUCCAACAACAACCUGUCAGGACACCGUUUUGUCGAAUCCUCGCUGCCGCGAACUCAAGUCUAUCGUCCACCCGUGGUGCCUUGCGUUUUACUACCCUGCAGUAGUGACGGGUGCUUGGCUCUUCCAGCGCGUGACAGCUUACCGUUCAUUGUCCGCGUGCCAGGUGGUUCGACACUGUUAGAUUUGUACUUGGCCACGACGUACACAACCCGAAUCCGGAAAACAUGAGCGAACAAACAGUAGCAAUAGCUAACGGUGAACCCGACAUCGGGUUUAACAUGUUAUCGUUGAGGUUCAAGGGUUUAUGCCAACGAAAAUGCCAAAAAUGCUGUAAGGAAUCGGCAGAGUGGAAGAUUUCGUGUUUAUGUCAUCACAAAAUUUGUAUUGAGUGUUUGAAUGCCAACAAGAACAAUGUGUGUCAAGUAUGUGAUACCCCAUUUGAUCCUCAACUGCAUCUCUCAAAUAAGAAAAAAAUGGAAACGGCAUUAUUUCAACUAGAAAAAUUGAUAUAUUUCCUAAAGGCUUUAGAAAAAGGAACGCUAAAUCCAAUACAGAUAAUUCAAUUAAUAAAUCAAAUAUCUAAUGAAGAUUCUCAAAAUAAUUUUACAAUGGAUUUAAAUAAUACUCAUAUUGAUGAUAACGUAUCUAAUGUUUCUUCAGUACUCAUUCACAAUAAUUUACUGCUAGAUGAUGUCGAAACAGAUUAUAUAAACAAUGUAUCACCAGAUAAUUCUGAUCGUGAAUCUAAUCUCACUCGCUGUAAUUCGGAAUCAUCAAUGGAUAUGUUUGGUCAAAGCCAAAAUACAGAACCUGAAGAGGAAGAAAACGAGCAAUCUGAUAUUGAAAUGAAUUUAAACAGUAAUAAUGAACAGAUAACUGAAAGCAUAAAUGAACAGAGUGAUAACAUUGACUUCAGUAGUAGUUGUAGCUCUGAUACUGAUGAUUUUAUAGUUGGAACUCCAGAAAGAACUUUACUUUCUUCUAUAAAAGUAUCAAUUACUGGAGUGCAAACCGAUGCAGAAAUAAAUAUUAUAAAACAAAUGGUUUAUAUGUUUAACUUACAAGCACAAACUAAGUGGACUUCAGACAUUACUCACUUAGUUGCAGUUGUUCAUCCUGAUAAUCGUUGUGAUCCUACUAAAAAGUUUUUGAAUGCAAUUUUAAACCAUUGUUACAUUGUAAAAUUUCAAUGGGUUUUAGACUGUGUUGAUAAAAAAUCUUUAUUACCUGAGGAACAAUAUUUUCCACUUAAUACAUAUGGUGAAGAAUCUCCUUUGAUUUCUGUAAAAGUGGGUCAAGGUCAUAUUGAAUCACCAUUGGAAUGGUGUAAGAAUUGUGGACUGCAUUUUCAUGAUUCAUUAAGGCUUUGUAAUUCACUUAAACUCAUGAUUGAUCUGGCUAAAAAAGCUGGUUUUGUGGUGUAUAAUAAACUAGAAGAUUUUAAGGAUAGUCAGUUAAAGAUGAGAAUUAUAUUGUGUUACAACCAUUCUGAAGAUGAAAAAAAUGAACAAAAACUACUACCUGAUGAUAAAUUAAUUAAGGGUUGGAUACAUGAUUAUAAAGCUGUGACUUUAAGUUAUGAUUGGUUUGUGGAUUGUAUAAUAAGUUAUAAAUUUGUUCCAAUUAAAACUCAAUACCAAAUUUUGCCAAUUGACCGCAAUACUGUUAUCUUAGAAGAAAUGGAUGAAUCUCUUUUUGUAUUUUCUAAUGAGUAGUAAAUUAUCAUUUAAUUAUUGACUUCUAUGUACAUAUUUAAACAGUUAAGUUAGUUACUGUAAUAUUUGUUCAAUAUGUAAUAUAUUUUGAUUUAAUUUUCUA